AGGGGAGAGGCAGCCAGGCAUCAGUUUAAGCUGAAUUUUGCUGGAAGAGGCACAGCCUGGGAGCUGUAGCACCCCUAAGGCACCACGAGCCGGACCCUGUGCUGCCAAGUGUGGGAGUUGGGCUGGUGUUUCUGCCUCUGUCCCUCCGUGGGCUCCUUCCUGCUGCUGCCCUGUGAGCCCAGCACCAGAAACUCACAGCUCAGCACCCGGGCGAGCUGUUCCCAGCAGGCAAGCCCGGGAGCUGGGAGCUGUCAUCUGUCUGUCGGUGCACGGGGGCGGAUGGAUGCAGUUCGUGAAAGAUCCACCGCGGAGCCCAGCGCGGCUGGGCUGGGCUGGUGGAGCCGCAGGAGCCCCCAGGGCACCCAUCGUCCCCAGCCUGGCUGUGCCCAGAACGGCAGCUCAGGGCUGCCCACACCUCAAAACAGGGGUGGGGACUUCCACACUACCACCAGCUCCCCUGCAGCCCUUGGCACCACUGCCAUCCCCGGGGCAGGAGGGGCUCGACGGGAUCACCCCAUAAGAUAACAGAGUGUCCUCAGCGUUGCCCCGUGUCACCUGGGUGCUGUGGGGGUGGCUUUGGUCCCACACAAAGCUCCCCAUGGAACCCCAGCAGUGCCACGACUGCACGGGAGGGACAGCACUAGUGUCACAGUCAGGGACAGGACACUGUGCUGGGGUCACUGCUAUAGCUGCACAGGGGGACAAUGUCAGGGUUACAGUCCUGGGCUCACUGCCACACCCGCAGGGGGGUCCCACUGUGCCGGGGUCAGCACCGCACCUGUGCAGGGGGACAGUGCCAGGUCACUGCCACACCGGCACGGAGGGAGCACGGAGCAGAGGCCACUGCGGCACCACACGUGUGCAGGGGGACAGCGACAGGAUCACCUGGACUGGGGUGGGGGGGUCAGUCCUGGGCUCACUGCCACACCCGCAGGGGAUCCACUGUGCCGGGGUCACUGUCACACCUGCGCGUGGGGACGGUGCCGGGGGUCACCGCCGCACCUGUGCGGAGGGGACGGUGCCGGAGUCAGCACCGCGGGACACAGCGCGGGUCAGCACCGGCGCUGGCUCCCGGCAGGGCGCGGAGCGGUGCCCGCGGUGGCCGCCCCGUGAGCCGCCCCGUCCCGCCCGGACCUGCGGCUCGGGCGUGCGCUCCCCCCGCGCCGCCGUCCCCGGCAGCCACCCGGCAUUUCCCUCCUCCAUUUUAGACUCGGCUCCUCGGCUCCGCGCUCCGAGCCCCGGCCGCAGCCCACCGCGGAACUCGGCACGGCGGAGCAGGCUGUGGCUGGACAUCCCCCCACGGGGUCAGCACCAAGAGCCUCACCAUGGGGAUGUGUCCCCAUCCCGUGUCACAGCACAGCUGAGCCAUCACUUCUGCUUGCCUGCCUCAGUUUCCCUGACCCCUGCUGGCACAAGGGGUGACACUGGGAGCUCCUGGAGUUGUCCUGGAUGGCAGCAGGGGAUGCUGUAACCAGGUGAAGGAUGGACUGACAGAGCCCCUUCAGUUUCUUCUCAGCCUGCAGGGAAGGAGCCAGUUUUGGACACAAACAUCCCUCUGGCUGCGGCGAGGGGAGAGGAGCUGGCGGAUCGAACCCGC